AUGUUCGAUCACUUCACCAUGGGGAUGCAGGCGCAUCCGGUGGCCGAUGCUGCCGAUUCGGAGCCGCAUCUGUCUCCAAGACAAAGACCACGCCAAUUAGACAUUUCCACGACGACAAUCCCAACUUCGUCAACCAGUCCCUCGGGUCCCCAUGACGCUCCACCGACCCCACCACAACCCAUCGACAAUCUUGUCCAUGAGCUCAGCAAGCAGACUUUGUUUCCAGACGUGUUACGCCGACCGCAAAUGAGGAUCUUGUCGCACGGGAUAUCACCGUCAAGCAUUGCGCACCUCUCGUCUGCACCUCUUGAGGCUGACGACGACUGCGAAAUGGAUCUUUCAAUGGAUGACGUCGAAGAACAUCAACCAGUCGCUGACUGGAAGAGGUCAAGACGGCGAUGGCACAGUCGGCUUGCCAACAACCCCAAUCAUGCUAGCGUCACUGAGGCUCGUUUAAGAAGCAUCAUAUCAGAGAAGUCGCGGUCCAGUGCUAUCCUUGCACCACUUUCACCACUUGUGCAGUCGAUUCCAACAUGCCCGAAUCUAUCCAAAAUCGAGGCAGACACUCCCCAAGACCUUGAGGCAUCUGAAAGACUGGAAGUGGACGAGGGCUUUUGUGAUGAUGAUGCCGAUCUCCCUACCCUAAGAGCAUUGACCGCAAGCGGAGAACUUCUGAUGGGCCCAUCUAGCGCUCUUCGAAAGUUCGGAUCAUUGCGAUUCAGAGGCUCGGCAGAAACAGCGCUUCGGUGUCACAAUGUUGUCAGGCAUCGGCCAAGGAUGCGGAAACGUAAAGGUCCAGGACCAACGCGGGAGCCCAGACCAGUGUAA